AUGCGCAAAUUUCAAUCCUUCAGUAGCAGCGUUGAAUCUAGCUCACUACAGCCUCAAAAACCGGCCAAUUCGGUCGAUCUUUAUGCGGAACCGGAAAACUUUUUGGAAAUUGAAGUUGCCAAUCCAAAAACCCAUUUACCACAUAACGAUCAGCGCGGAAUGUAUAUAGACUAUGAAAUUAUCUGUCGGACCAAUCUGCCCUCUUUUUCGCAACGCUUGAGCAGCGUUCGCAGACGAUACUCUGAAUUCGAGCUUUUCCGCAAAUGUCUACUAAAGGAGCUUUCGUUGUCAAGCCACCCUAAAGUGGUUGUUCCAAACUUACCGGGCAAGAUUAUUUUGGGCAACCGUUUUAGUGACGAGGUUGUGGAGGAGCGCAAAAAGGAUCUGAAUAAGUGGAUGAAUGCGGUGGCAGACCACCCGCUACUGCAAACUGGAUCCAAAGUGCUUGUAAGAUUUAUUGAAAAUCGGAAAUUUACGGGUUAG